AUGUAUCCAGAUAUAGAACCAUAUAGUACUGGAGUUCUGAAGGUCUCUGAUGUACAUUCAUACUAUCUAUUGGGAACAGUCUGGGAAUCCAGAUCUGGUCAUCUUGGGAGCCCCUUUAAGGACCACAUCCCAGAAAAUGAAAAGGGGAGUUUCAUUAAUGCCUACUGGAAAAGAUUAAACUCUGAGAACAAGGAAACACAAUAUGGAGCUGCCAGAGAAUGGACAAAGUGGGAGAUGAUGACUGCUCAUCUCCUUCCCAGUGAAGAGACUAUUAAGAGAGGAGAUGAUGAUGAAUUUUCCCUCGGAAGGUACGAUGUGUGUUGUCCCAUGAUGUCAGCAUGGGAUCUUCACAAGUCUUGGCCAGAGUCUGAACUUAUUGUUGUUCCAGAUGCUGGACAUUCGGCUAACGAACCAGGAGUAUCUGCAGAACUUGUGGCUGCGAAUGAGAAGCUGAAAAGCAUCGUAAAGGGAAUUGCAUUCUAA